CCUUUUGUAUUUAUUGUUAUACUGCAAAUAUUUACUGAUAUGAUCUUGAAUGUUUUUGUUAACCUCAGGCUGCUUUCGCUGUAUUCAAAUGUAGGCCAUCGACUGUAAAAGAAAAGUUGUUUUCGUGUGAAUCGGCAUUCUUCGUACUGUGAGAGGAACUCCUUGCAAUACCUAUUAAUUUCAGUAGGGAAUUGUGCAAUUACAACUAUUUUGUUACGAAAAAUUAUAAUGGCUGAAGGUCAAGUACAAGUAGAACUCCCUCUGAUGGAGAAAGGCCCUAUUCCUCAGAGCACCAAGGUACUUCAUCAGCAGCCACCUCCACGGUUGUGCAGAUUUUUCUCCCAGGGCAGAUACUGCCAGUUUGGGCGGAGGUGUCGAUUUCUUCACCAACAUUUGGAUUAUUCAUCAUCUAAGAAGGCAUCAGAAUCUUUGUCGUCAUCUAAGAAGGCAUCAGAAUCUUUGUCGUCAUCUAAGAAGGAAUCACAAUCUUUGUCGUCAUCUAAGAAGGAAUCAGAAACUCUGUCAUGUGAAACUCAGGAGCAAGCCAAAGUAUCAAAGUUACCCAAAGCCGGCGUGACAGAUUCAGGAGUAGCUAAAAAGCCUCCGGAAGCUCGUCAGUGGAAAUAUCGACCAAGAAAGCUGUGCCGCUACUUUGCUUCAGGCUACUGCUCUUUGGAUGCUAAUUGCAGGUUCUUGCAUCCAGCAACGUUUCCGCCAGUGGCCGAUGUCCAUCCUGCCAGUAAAAAAUCAGCCGUUAGAAAUCCUGAGUCAAGAACCCCUAGUGUCCGUCCAGCAGUAGUCCCAAAAGAGAUUAAAUCUGCAGAUAUAACUCCAGAAUCGGCCAGAAAGCUGAGAGAGACGGAGAUUUCUCAGUUGCUUAAGAGAUUCCCAAAAGAUAAAGUUAUUAUCCAGGAAAGGGAAGAUGGAAAGGUUACUUAUUACAGAAUCACGAUUGAGCCCACAGAUCCAGACUGGCCAUUUGACUUGAGAGAAAUGGAUAUUAUGCUGGAGUUUCCUGACAAUUACCCCUUACAGGUUUUUACAGUCCAGAUUCCAGAGGAUCAAGUUUUACCCUCCAUCAUGGGCAGGCAUGUGUGUGAGGCCUCUGAUGCCUGGCUGCAAGCCAAACAUGCCACCAAUCAGCUAAUUGGAAAAGUUGAACUUCUAUUCCGUCCGUACCUUCACUGGCUUGAUCGUAACAUGGAGAGACUGUUUACAGAAGGGGCCCGUGUGUUAAAGAGAGAUAUUGAAGCAGAAAAGGCUGGAAUCGAAUUUGUUCCGUACCAGCAACUGCAAGAGGCAGUCAAUGCAAAAUGCAGCAAGGAAGAAGAAGAAACUGAAGAAAGUAGUGCCCAGGAAGCGGACCCUCUGCAGAGCUUUGCUGAAGACGUGGAUGAUGAUUCAGACAGCUGGAUAAGUUGUGAUGACAGUGACGAGGAUGAGCCUGGCACAGGAGCCUCUGGCGGAGAUGGCAUGCGUACCGUGGAAGGUGGAGGAGGAGAGGGCAGAAGGAAGGGAACAGAAAUCCGGUUAUUGGGUCUCCAGAUGACAGGAGGAGUGGGGACUUUGGUGGCUCAAAGCAUAGCGGUUACCCUGCAAUGCAGUAGAUGCAAGGUCACAGCAGAUUUGUCCUUGAAUGGGAAGCAACCAUGCAUUGCCCAGUGUGAGAGAUGCAACAGCCGGAUUUCUGGCACCUUCCUUCCCACUAUAAUGCAUCAGUACUCAUCUGUGCUGGGAUAUGUAGACAUACAGGGGGCAAUUCUUAAGGACCUCAUCCUUCAAGAUUGUGCUUUUAUGAUCAGUUGCUUAGACUGUUCACAAGAAGAACCAUUGCAGAAUCUAUCUUUUGGGAUCACUAAAGAUAUGAAUUGCCUGAAGUGUCACAAUAAACUAAGUGUGUCAAUUGAAGCCUCCAGGUUUCAGAAAGUAGAGCGUUUCUCUGGCAAAAACAUCGGUAACAAAGGCCUUAACUAUAAGAAAAAAAAUGUGAGAGAUCCCUCUAUCCAGCCUGGAAAACCGCUACCAGACAACGGAACCUGCAGACAUUACAGGAAGAGCUGCCGCUGGUUGAGGUUCCCAUGCUGUGGGAAAACGUAUCCAUGUGAUGUUUGUCACAAUGAAGCUGAGGACCAUGACAUGGACCUUGCAACUCGCAUGGUCUGUGGUUAUUGUGCAAAAGAACAGCCAUAUACUAAUGGAAAGCCUUGCAUCUCCUGUGGGAAAAUGAUGAGCAGAAAUAUGCAUUCCGUACACUGGGAAGGAGGACAAGGAUGCAGGAGCAAAGUUAAAAUGUCCAGGAAGGAUAAGCAGAAAUACAAAAACACAGUGAAGACCAUAUCAAGGAAAAGUGUGAGCAAGAAUUGAGUGAGUGUCAUACAUGAAACAAGCAAAAGUUUCUUCAGGUGGUAAUCCAAUUAUUGGCUAUAUAAAAUGGUAUCUGGGGAAAGGGAGCUAAUGAAGUUGAAGACACCAAAGAAGACAGAGCACCUUAAAGCAUGAGCGCCGGCCAUCCUGGCCCAGUGACUUUCGUUACUGACAUGCCCAGAAUUUCACUAAUUGGGUAAAAUCCAAUUUAAUGAAACACAGAAUACUAAGUAGCAGGCAUUGUUCGAGUCCUUUAUCAGAGAAAUCCAAUGUUUUCCCUGAUGAGACUGAUAGUUCUAUGUCUCUGUGCUAUUCUUGUUUUGUUAUGCCACAUACAUUAAUAAGAUCAUUUGAAAACAUUAUGAUUACAUUUUAAUUUAAAGCACCUUUGCUUGCAUUCAGUGAACAUGCUGUGGUAAUCUUUGUAAUAUCAUACAAAAUCCAAUAAAAUAUUAAUAGAAAUAUAUCAUUUGAUUUUAGUUAAGACCAAUUUUACCCAUGUAGUUCAUCAGUAUCUUUUCAUAUUUGUAUAUCUAUCCCAUACAUGAUAACAUUAUUGUAUUUAGCUGUACCUGCUCUACUGGAAGACUUCUCCCUGUAUAUAUUUCACACUCACUCCUUAAACAUAUACUUUAUUAUUUCACAUUUAAGCAUCUGGUCCUCUACGGGUUAUUCUUGUUUUGUCUUAGAAUUUUACUCCUUUUGGAAUGUAAUUCCCUUUCCUAACGGACUGCCAUUAUAAGCCUAACAAAACGCCCAUUCAAAGCUAACUUUAGAUUUAUUUUACCUUGUAUAUUGUCAUUUACGUUUAUGUUAAUGACAAUUAAACAUGGCUAUAUUAUAACGAAGUGUUUCCUUAAAUAAUUAGGCCCAUAUUUUGCCUUAACUAAAAUGUAUGAAAACACUAAAUACUUCAUUUAUGUUACAAACUAGGUUUUGUGAGUCCUCAAAUUUGCUACUCACACAGUACAUAUUAACAAGAGACUAGAGAAAUGACCUCGUAACGGUUCUACAUUUACAUUUUUUGUUACACCACCAAGAAACACUAGAUGGCAGCCCGACCUCCAUUAGUACAAGGAAAAGAUGAAAAUAAUGCUUAUGCACAUAAACUUACCAGAUAUUCUAAAA